GAAUUCAAAUGCUUUUGGUGUUUGUAACAUCCUUUAAUCUUUGGUAUAGGGUAUCCAUUUGUUUCCUUGCCGGGCAUUAGGGGAAAAUGUGGGAGCUGUGAUGUCGAGGGCGAAAGGGGGCUUGUCAUGGUUUUGGGAAGAGAUAAGUUGGGCUAUGGGUCAGCCACAUUGUUUUGUUUUCUUCCAACAAACAUGUCUUGAGAGUUGCAUAGUCCUGGAAUGAAGAUACAGUUGAGAGUCAUGGUUAUAUAUUAGAAUAGAUGCGAAUUCAAUAUUUUAAUGAUCUCUGGUUUGAAAUAACACUUUCUACCUGUUCUCAGUAAAUGGACUAUAACUUAAUUGUUUGACAAAAGAAUUGCUACCCUAUGGACCAAAUUCAGUUUAAUUUAAUCAUAAAUUAUAGAUCAUGUGAGAAACACCAUCCCACUUGUUCUUGUUGAUGGAUGUUUCUCUGUAGGGAUUUUUUUUUCCCAGCAAUUAUUUCAAAGUUCUUAUAGUUUGUCAUUUGCUCUUCUCUAAACCUACUGGCUUCCACCUAUAUUUGAGGCCUUUUUCUUGUAUGGCCUUUUGUUGAAGGAGCAUUCAACUGCUACAUCCUUAUUAAGGAUCCAUUGCCUCACUACUACCCUACAAGUUGCAAUUAAUUUCUGUAAUGCUCGUUAAGUGGCCAUAACAUUUUUUUCCCCUUUGGGCACUGUCUAGGAGAUUACUGAUCCGUAUUUAGAAGCAUCAUCAAAUUAGCCAAAGGUUCGCAGUGCUAAUGCAGCCCCAUACCGGUACUAAACGGAUACUCAAUAUGGGGAGCGUACUGAGUGUCGAUAUGCCGAACCGAUCCCAUACCUUGAUUACUGACACUGUACCAUAUGCUACUUGUACGUGGUCUAGUAUCAAAAUCGCAAACCUUAAAUUAGCCUUUUAUUUAGUAGUCAAAAGUGAUAAAUCUUAUUUAGUUGUUUAUUAGAUGCUUUCUCUUAUAUUCAUUUUCUAUGUCUGUUGCUUCCAUACUGUGAUACCCAAAUCCAUUCAUUUUUCUUGCCAUACUGUUGUCUCUGCUUGUUCUUUGUUUUAAGAUAUCCUACUACUUCAAUUAGUUGUGAUAUCACUCAUUAGUGGAUAUUGGAUGCUUUCUCUUAUGUAUUUAUUCAACUCUAUCCGUACUAUCUGUACAUAAUGCACAUCCAAUCAUUCUUCUACUUCUAACGCUCGUUAUGUGUUUUGAUCUUCUUUAUUAAAAUAAUAUUUUGACCAACAAAAGUUACCAGCUCUGCUGUUUCCUUAGAGCAUCCUUUUGCUCAGUGCAUAGGUGAUAAAAGUAAAAAUCCAAGAUGCUCUUUCCUUCAAAUAACAAUAUUGCUCCAGAUAGCAAGCUUAAUCUUGCAUUUGUGACUUUGACUCUUCAAUUUGUGGGCCAGCAUUUAGUGCAUGUAGUGAAAGGGACUUCGGCUAUCACACAUUUGGGUGUAUAUCCUAGCAUUGUUAGACAUAGGGUUAUGUAAAUCAUUUGGGAUAGUGGCGACAUGCGAAUUGGAAAAUUUCAAACCAACUUAGAAUAGGAUUUGCUGUAAUUCAGAGCAAAGGUGGAGAUUAAAAAUCUUUAUUCGCAUGGGUAAGACCUUAGUUACCCAAAGUGGGGCGGGUGUUGGUACAGGGAAGUGGGUCUCUUAAAAAAGUUUAGUAAGAAAGAACAUACGAAGCAGGUGUGUUAAUGAGUUUCUGAGGAGCUUUGGAAGCGGGUUUGCUACCCUAAUGUAAGCUUCCUGCUAAGGGGAAGAUUGGGAUGACUGCAUUUUAAGUCUUUGAGUACUAAGGAUUUAUAAGAUGAGGAGACCAAUAAGAGUAGGAAUCUAGACCUAGGAGAGGAAAUAAGUUGAUAAGGUUACUUUGGCAACGUGGAAAAUUGUGGAGAUUUUCUAUAAAAAACAAAUCAUGGAGAAGGGGGUGGGAAUUUUUUUAAAUUUCUCAAGUAGAAUUUUAUUCAAAUAAAAAAUCAUAUAAAUUCUCUACAAAAUUACAUUUUUUAUAUCUAAUUUUUAAUCCUCAAUACAUGUAUUAUUUAUUUUUUGUAUUAAUAAACUAAAUUUAUUUAAACGAAGUCUAACAUCCAUCUUUGGGCAUAUGGUACCGAACCUCUAUACAUUGUACCAUACCAUACCGACACUCGGUAUACCGAGUUGUACUGUACCAAACUGCAUGCCAACAUUGAAAUAGGAUGGCGUUGGUACAGGGUCCAGUAUCAAAACGGUGAACCUUGUAUAAAUCUAAUACUUAGAUAUGUUAACUUAUUAAAAUGACAAUUCCUUUGAAGUGUAAUACAUGCUCAAAUUUCAAGUAUUCUAAUGGAACUUUAGAGUAACAAAUCUACAAAUUAUCAUUGAUGAAUAUGAAAUUAUAACUAACAAGAGUAAACUAUAGGUUGCAAAUAAAGCAUUACUAACAGUCUAGAACAAAAUUUAAACUUUGAUGUACAUACUUCAUAAACAAAAGUGACAAAACAUGUAUCUAAAACAAGGUUUAAAGUUUAAACUAUGAAAGUACAUUUAGAUCAUAAACAAAAGCAACCUCAACCCACUUGAACCCAAUUUCAACCUGCCUGACCCGUAUGAGUGGCGACCUAGCUCACAUUACUUGGAUCCUUAUAAAGCGGCAUGCAUUCUACCUGGCUGCAUACAUGGUCUGUGGACCGACUAUGCAGCCCAAUGCGUGGCCCCACCACAUAUGGGUAACACAAUCCUAUAAAUGUGCAAUUUAUAAACCACCUAAGCAUAUGCAACUGUAGAUUGUGCCUUUUGAAAGCACCGGACAUGAUACUACUAUGACAUUUAAAACCAUGGUAUGUCGUACCGCACCAAACUGAAUGGUAUCAGGCAUGCCGUAUCGAUUUGGAAUGGGUACUGGUAUCGGUGGUGUACCGACACUCAAUACGCCAAAAGAACUGCGUACCGUACCAUACCGACACCAUGCUAGUGUAACACUGGUACGGGGUCUGGUACCGAGAAGGUGAACCUUGUUUAAAACUCAUAAUAUGAUGACUUCGGAGACUACCAACGGGCCUACAGGCCUAUAUGUAUAACUAUGAUAGUCCAUGGAGUAUGGCCCUGGUUGUCUAGUUGAUUGAUGAUAUAAUGCUAGUCAUGUCAACAUACUAUAGAUUUUUUGAUCAUUUUUGUGCAAGAAUUUCAACUAUCAUAAUACAGUAGGAAAUGGCACAUUCCAAGUUUCUCUCCUAAUUGUACAUGGGCCGUUUUCUCCUGAUCGUAAUAGGUGAGAAGGGCGGGCCGAAUUGAGUGGCCGUUCCCCUUUCUUUGUACAUAUAGGAGAGCCGGGUGCUCCCGGCCCUUUCUUUCAACUCUUAGUAGAGUGAACUGGCAUAACCUGGUCUCGUCUUUUAGGUUGAUGCCAUCCAUUUUGUAUUUAGCUACUUCAAAUCAAAGCUGUGCAUGGCUCCAGUUAAGAGAUUUUUAUGUGUACUAAGGGUAAUUAAUUAGCAACACAACCUUUUAAAGGUUAAGUUGAGGAGAAGCGUGGUUCUUCUUAUGGUGUUUCUCAUGAAUUAAUAAAGCUGAACAAAUACUUAGAGAUGUCAGUAAGAGGAAAAAUAUGAUAGCUAGUGAUUUAUAAGAUAACUUUUCUCAGUGGAAAAGGUAUCUUGGUGGUGAGGUGACAGGAAGGUUAUACUUAGAGUUGAAGGAGUUUUUUUUUAUAGUUUGGGACAAAUGCUUUUGGAUGAUAGUCAAGGUGACAAAUGUGGUGUUGUGCAUAGUUAGGCAAUUUAAAAAUUUGUAUUAUUGAUGUAAUAUUUAACAUGCAAAGGAGGUUAGUAAUCACAUAGUUCUAUAUGAGCAGUCUUCCAAGAAUUUUUUAUCACUUUCUGGCUUUCUGCUUAUUUGAAAUUGAAUACUUGCUUUUCCAGUUUUACUGUUUAAUCUUUAGAUUUAGAUAAUGAAUGCCCUUCAUCUGCAAUCAGACUCUGUGAUGUUGUAUUUGGAUCAUUUUACCAUGAGCUUCAAUCACGAAAUAUAUGUGAUAGUUUCAUUCCAUGUUGUGGGAUAGUCCAUCUUGCAUCAGACAUAAUCUGGUAGUUUGCCAAAUAACUGAAUGUUUCUUGGUCGAAGCAUGCAAGUUUGGUAAACCACCAGAAAGUCAUUAAUUGUUCCAUAGAGCAAUGCCAGGAUAAUGAAUGUCGGACGAAUGAAUCACAGGUGCAAUAUGACAGUGGUUUACAUGUAGAGUAUGUUGGAUAAUAAUUCAUGGUUGCCCAUGUAGCUUAGCUUCCAAAGAAGUUUCAUGCCUGCUGAGAUGAGGUUGUAGUAUAACUGAAGUGGGAAUACCUAUGCCUUGUGUUUGCCAUUUGAAAAAAGGGGUGGCCAAUGCACAAGUUCCCACCACUUUGGGGUUUGGGAAGGGUCAGAUACAGAGCCUUACCCUUGCAUGUGGAGAGGCUGUUUCCAUACUUGUGAUGCCCAGGUGAGAAUGGAACACACAUGAAUUUGUCCUAUCGAACUUGAGUUUCAGUGCACUGACAAAUGAACAUUUUCACUUUUCUAAUUCACAUGAUCAGAUAGUACAAGAGAGAUCUGCUGUUGUCUUAAUUUUCUUCGAGCAUAAACAUGGUCUUGUUGCUUGCUCUUUCGUUUUGGAGUUUCAAUUUCACUAGUUUGUGCGCUUUUGGUCUGCUAGCAUAUGUGGGCUAUGUUUUAUAUGUCUUUCCAUCUUUGUUUCAUUUGCACCGGUUGAAUGGGUUACUUCUAGUCUUCAUUCUCCUAUGGGCUGCUAGCACGUAUGUAUUCAAUGUAGCAUUUACAUUUCUUAACAAAAAAAUCCGAAAGGACAUGAUGAUUUGGGAAACCAUUGGAUUGUGGCAUUAUCCUAUUCCUGGAUUAUUUCUACUUGCACAGUUCUGCCUUGGAGUCUUUGUAGCAUUAUGUAAUCUAGUGAAUAAUUCUGUAUUUCAAUACCUGUCUGAUGAGGAUAGGCAAUCCUCUAGUGAUGAUCACACAGUUGAAGAUAAAGGAGACACAAAAGUUUUAAUUGUUGCUACAAUAGCUUGGGGGCUACGCAAGAGUUCCCGUGCAAUUUCUCUGGCACUGUUGUUUCUUCUUGUUAUGAAACCUGGCUUUAUUCAUGCUGUUUACAUGUGCUUCUUCUUGGUGUUUCUGUUGAGCCAUUCCAUUAGUGCAAAAAUGCGUCAAUCUUUAAUUCUUUUUUGUGAGGUGCAUUUUUCACUGCUAUAUAUCCUUCAGCUUAACCUAAUCUCAAAGGCUUUGGAGCAGAGUGGUUCCUUAACUGCGGUAAUUCUCUCACAAUUAGGUCUCCCAAAUCAUGCUUCUUUCAGGGAUUUUAUGGAAAUAGGUGUCCUAGCGUGCUUUUGUUCAGUGCAGAACCAUGGUUUCAAAAUGCUCUUUUCUUUUUCUGCUAUUCUGCAACAUACUCCUUGUCCUCCACUUGGAUUUAGCAUCUUGAAAGCUGGUUUAAGCAAAUCAGUUUUGCUGUCAGUUUAUGCCUCAUCAAGUUCCAGAAUUGGUUAUUCCCUCAGCUUUUCACAUGAGCAAAAGAUAGCAACAUAUCUCAGCAAAGUCAGUCAGAUGUUUUUAUCUACAUACCGCUCUUAUGGGACAUAUGUGGCAUUUCUAACCAUUCUUUUCACACUAUACUUGGUCACUCCAAAUUAUGUAUCAUUUGGGUACCUUUUUUUCCUCCUGUUUUGGAUAAUAGGGAGGCAGCUUGUGGAGAAGACAAGAAGGCGGCUUUGGUAUCCCUUGAAAGUCUAUGCCACUCUAGUGUUUGUUUUGACCUAUAGCUUGAGCAUUUCUCCCAUAUUAGCAACAUGGAUGUCCAAGCUGAUUGAUCUGUAUCCUGAUUUGGGGUUCAAUCCUGAAGGAUCUUUAUUGAACAAUGUCUGGGAAUCCUUGGCUGUUUUGACUGUAAUGCAACUUUACAGCUAUGAAAGGAGACAGAGUAGGUACAGAACAGUUGAUGCCUCUGAUGCAUCCGAAAAUGGAAUUUUUGGGUUUUCCAGAAGGUUCCUUAUUUGGCACGGCGAGAAGAUUUUGUCUAUAGCUGUAUUUUAUGCUUUAUUGUCUUCAAUCGGUGCAUUCGGCUUUAUUUAUCUCCUGGGUCUCAUUAUAUUUUCUACUUUACCAAAAACUUCUCGGAUUCCUUCCAAGUUGUUUUUAGUUUAUACAGGAUUACUUGUGACUUCUGAAUAUCUCUUUCAAAUGUGGUGCAAACUUGCUUAUAUGUGUCCUGGUCAACGGCUCUAUGGUUUGUCACUGUUUCUGGGCCUAAAGUAUUUUGAUUCUGGAUUUUGGGGCCUUGAGUCCGGUUUUAGGGGAAAGGUGCUGGUAAUAGUUUCUUGUACUCUUCAAUACAAUGUUUUCCGCUGGCUAGACAAUAUGCCAAGUUCUCUAGUACAUAAAGGUAAGUGGGAAGAGCCUUGCCAAUUGUUUAUCUCAUCAGAACAAUCUUCAGUGGGUACUUUGGUUCAUCAUGAAGAAAAUAAGGCGCCAGCAGAUGUCACUCUUCCUUCUGCAAUGCAAAAGGGUGCUAGUACCGAUUCAAGCCCAUCCUUCAGCUCUAAUACCUAUCAAUCAUCAGAGUCGGUCCCUAAUGUGACAAGAGCCUCAGAGAAUAACACUAGGAAAUACUCAUUUUCCUACAUUUGGGGAAGUACUAAAGAGAGUCACAAGUGGAACAAGAAACAUAUCCUUGCUUUGAGAAAAGAAAGGUUUGAAAUGCAGAAGACUACACUAAUAUUCUAUAUGAAAUUUUGGAUGGAAAAUCUUUUUAAACUUCGAGGUCUUGAGAUUAACAUGAUUGUGUUACUUUUGGCAAGUUUUGCUGUGUUGAAUGCCAUUUCAAUGUUAUAUAUCAUAUGCCUUGCCGCAUGUAUUCUUCUGAAACGAGAGGUUAUCCACAAAUUAUGGCCUAUAUUUGUUUUCUUGUUUGCUUCUAUUCUCAUUCUUGAGUAUUUUGCCAUUUGGAAAGAUCUGAUUCCUUGGAUUCACUCUCCCAAAGAGAUGGAAAUCAACUGCCAUGAUUGCUGGAGUAGCUCAACCCUUUACUUCAGUUUUUGUGCAAAAUGCUGGCUGGGGAUAAUUGUUGAUGAUCCACGAAUGCUCGUGAGCUAUUAUGCAGUUUUUAUUUUCUCCUCUUUUAAACUCCGUUCUGAUCAUAUUUCUGGUUUCUCAGAGUCACAUACAUACCGUCAGAUGAUCUCUCAGCGGAAAAAUGCAUUAGUUUGGAAAGACCUCUCAUUUGAAACGAAGAGUUUCUGGACUUUUCUUGACUAUCUGAGACUAUAUCUCUAUUGUCAUUUACUAGACAUUGUUCUUGCUUUAAUAUUAAUAACUGGAACUCUGGAAUAUGAUGUUCUGCACCUUGGCUACCUUGGCUUUGCUCUGGUUUUCUUCCGAAUGAGACUUGAAAUAUUAAAAAAGAAGAACAAAAUUUUCAAAUUCUUGCGGAUGUAUAAUUUUGUGCUCAUUGUCCUUUCUCUUGCCUAUCAAUCUCCUUAUCUUGGGAAUUUCAGCUCCGGCAAGUGUGAACAGAUAGACUAUAUAUAUGAGGUCAUUGGAUUUUAUAAGUAUGAUUAUGGGUUCCGAAUAACAUCAAGAUCUGCAUUGGUUGAGAUAGUAAUUUUUUUGUUAGUAUCAAUGCAAUCAUACAUCUUCUGCUCUGAAGAAUUUGAUUAUGUAGCAAGAUACCUUGAGGCCGAACAAAUUGGUGCUAUGGUCCAUGAGCAAGAGAAAAGGGCUGCAAGGACAACUGCACAAUUACUGCAAAUUUGUAAAUCAGAAGAGCAAAAACGGCAGCGUAACUUGCAAGUGGAGAAGAUGAAAUCUGAGAUGCUCAAUCUGCAAAGCCAGCUCAAUAGCAUGAAUUCCAUUACGACUCUUGGUGGCAGUUCUCCACAAUCAGAAGGUCUUCGACGUAGAAGGAACUCUUCCCAAAGCAUGGAUAAAGUUAGUAGGAUGCCAGAUAAUGAGACUGGAUCACCAAACAAGCAAUAUGAGAAUGUCAGUACAGAAUCAUAUCAUUCCUUUGACUUUGCUGUGUCUGAUAUGCAAAAGAAUGUACCAUUGCCUUGGGAAAAAUCUGACUUGCAAAACUCACCUACUAGUAUAAAAAGUGAGAGUCCAAUCUCGAUGGAUUAUGGGAGGCAUUCCUUGGAUUCUAUUUGUGAGAUAAGUGAACUUGGAGACAAGGGUGAUGAUCAUGACACAGCAUUUUCAAAUGCAAAUAGAAGAGAGAGAGAAAGGGACAAGCACAAGGAAAACCCAAUAAUGUCUGCUGUCCAGCUGAUAGGUGAUGGUGUUUCUCAAGUUCAGUCCCUUGGGAAUCAGGCGGUCACAAACAUUGUGAGCUUCUUGGACAUUGAGCCUGAGGAAUCUGAUUCAAAUGGGCAUUCAGAAGAUGGGGUAUAUGAUGAAAUAGAGAGCCAAAACAUCGUGGAGUGUGGACACUUGGAUAGGAUCUCCUCAGUUCAUUCUGCUACAGGGGCACGUCCUGCUAGCCUACAAAUUGGAAGGAUCUUUCGUUUUAUAUGGUCACAAAUGCGAUCGAAUAAUGAUGUUGUGUGUUACUGUUGCUUUGUACUUGUUUUUCUCUGGAAUUUCAGUUUGCUGUCAAUGGUCUACCUUGCAGCUCUUUUCUUAUAUGCUCUGUGUGUAAAUUCUGGUCCUAGUUACUUGUUCUGGCUUAUCAUGCUAAUUUAUACGGAGAUCAAUAUUUUGCUUCAGUAUUUGUAUCAGAUUAUCAUCCAGCACUGCGGGUUAAAUAUUCACAUAUCCCUAUUGCGGAGGUUAGGAUUUCCUGAACAUAAAAUAAAUGCAUCAUUCGUUAUCAGCACUCUACCUCUCUUUCUGGUCUAUAUAUCAACUCUUCUGCAAAGUUCAAUAACUGCUAAAGAUGGUGAGUGGGCACCAGUAACAGAAUUUAAACUAUUAAGUGGAAAGAAGCAUUAUAAAGAAGAACAUAGUUUCAGUCCUGGUUGGAGGGAUAGGCUACAGCAGUUAGUCUCACCAGUAACAAAUCUCUUAAAGAUAAUAGCAAGAAGCUUCUCUAGGUACUGGAAGUCAUUAACACAAGGAUCAGAGGCUCCCCCAUACUUUGUGCAACUGUCAAUGGAAGUUAAUCAGUGGCCAGAGGAUGGUAUCCAACCAGAGAGAAUAGAAUCAGGAAUAAAUGAGUUGCUUCGUGUAGGUCAUGAAGAAAGAUGUGAAGCCAAAAUAUCUUAUUCAUGCCAUUCGGCUAGCAGAGUUCGAAUUCAAAGCAUUGAAAGAAGCCAAGAAAAUACAAACGUUGCUCUUGCUGUUCUUGAAGUUGUUUGUGCCUCUCCUUCUGUGGGAUGUUCAGCAGCAGAGUGGUGUAGAUCACUAACUCCAGCAGCGGACGUCGCAGCAGAGAUUUUAAAAUCACAAAAGGAAGGGUUACUGGAAGAAGUAGACUUUCCCUACCCAAUAUUAUCUGUGAUUGGAGGCGGCAGAAGAGAAAUUGACCUAUAUGCAUAUGUAUUUGGUGCAGAUUUGGCUGUUUUCUUUCUCGUUGCCAUUUUUUAUCAGUUUGUUAUGAAAAAUAAAAGCAAACUUCUUGAUGUAUAUCAGUUUGAAGACCAGUUUCCUAAAGAGUUUGUGUUUAUCUUGAUGGUUCUUUUUUUCUUGAUUGUGCUUGAUCGCAUUAUAUAUCUAUGUUCCUUUGCUGCUGGAAAGAUUAUUUUCUAUCUUUUCAAUCUUGUCUUGUUUACAUACUCAGUCACUGAGUAUGCUUGGUACAUGGAGCCAUCUCACCAGCAUAUAGGACGACUUGCACUCCGUGCUAUCUAUCUCACAAAAUCAGUUUCCUUAGCCCUACAAGCAUUACAAAUUCGUUAUGGAAUUCCUAACAAAAGCACUUUGUACCGGCAAUUUUUGACUAGUAAAGUUACACAUAUCAACUAUUUGGGCUUCCGACUUUAUCGUGCUUUACCAUUUUUGUAUGAACUACGAUGUGUACUCGAUUGGUCCUGUACAUCUACAUCUCUAACAAUGUAUGAUUGGCUGAAGUUGGAGGACAUCUAUGCAAGCCUGUUUCUGGUCAGAUGUGAUGCUGAUCUGCAUAGAUCAAGGCACCAGCAAGGACAAAAGCAAACUAAAAUGACCAAAUUCUGCAGUGGAAUAUGUGUGUUCUUCAUACUAAUAUGCGUCAUCUGGGCCCCUAUGUUGAUUUACAGUAGUGGCAACCCAACAAACAUUGCAAACCAUGUUAUAGAUGUGAGUGUUCAGAUUGAUAUUAAAGCAAAAAGCGGAAGGCUGACCUUGUUCCAAACAACUCUGUGUGAAAGAUUUCCAUGGAACAACUUACAGUUAGAUGAUGAUCUGGACCCGCAACAUUACCUGGAUAGUUACAAUGUACAGGACAUUCAAUUGAUCUGCUGCCAACCUAAUGCAAGUACAAUGUGGCUGGUCCCUCCAGUCGUUCAAGAUCAAUACACCAGAUCCAUUGACCAGGACAACGAUAUGGAAAUAGUUAUAACAUGGAUCUUUUUAAGGGAGAGGCCAAAGGGGAAGGAAGCAGUAAAAUAUGAAGCACCUGUUGAAUUUUCUCCAAAUCAGGAUGAUGUCAAACAAGUGCUUAAUGGGACAGCUAACAGCUUCAGGAUAGUUGACGCAUACCCUAGAUACUUUCGAUUGACUGGCUCUGGUGAAGUGCGGUUAAUUGUACCAAUAGGAAACUCAGUUAGUGGGGAUCUUCUUUUGAAUCAUGAGAGUCCUCCAUGGUGGUCUUUCUAUGAUAUUGAUGUAUCAGAUGGAGCAGCAUGUAAAGGGUUGACUGGGCCAAUGGCUGUCGUUGUAUCUGAGGAGACACCACAGGGUAUUCUUGGUGAAACUCUUAGCAAAUUCAGCAUUUGGAGUCUGUAUCUUACUUUUGUUCUAGCUGUUGGUCGAUUUAUCAGGCUUCAAUGUUCCGACUUGAGAAUGAGAAUACCCUAUGAAAAUCUUCCUUCUUGUGACAGGUUGAUAGCGAUCUGUGAGGACAUCUAUGCUGCACGGGCAGAGGGUGAGUUAGAAGUUGAAGAAGUCCUUUACUGGACACUUGUGAAAAUCUACAGGUCACCACACAUGCUUCUGGAGUACACCAAGCCUGACUAAAUUCGGAGUUCAUGAUGGCUACUUUGGAAAUGAUGGAAGACAUGCUGAUUAUUACCAGUUGAAAUACAAGAUCACGGUGCAAGGGAGCAAAAUGGAACCUCCAUGGGUGAAUUUGGUGGUGUUUCUGUCUCAUCAAAUCCAGGUUUUAUAUGUACAUGUGUCAUUGUAUUUCUCUUGGAUCCCUUUGUCAGAUGAGUUGUGCGCAUCAAGUUGCUUCCAUGGGUGCAAGGCUCUGACAUGUAUACCUGAGAAAGAACUUGCAGUUCAAUUUUUUUUGUAAAUAUGAUGUUUAUAUGGAAAAGUAAAGAAGUUCAGUUCUUUUUGAA